UUGUUCGAUAUCUUUUCAGUCUUAUUUUAUUUUCAUGCAGAAACGUGGGAAAAAUGAUAACACCUUUUUCAUAAAAAAAAAUUUAACGUUACAUUUAAGAGUAAUUUCGGGGAAAAACUAUCAGCAAAUAUUGACAUCAACAUCAGCGAGGAAAUGAGACUUGUCACGUACAUAAAUAUUGCUAUGUCAUGUUAACGGGUCAGUGAUCAGGCCUUGAGCGCUUCGAAUGUAGCCCUAUGUGCUAUAUUUUACUAGUGAAAUAAGCUGAUGAUCGUUAUCCCGACCUAAGCUGCAGUAUAUGGACUGAAUUUUUUCCAAUUAAGAUGGCAUUCUGCCAUGGAGGAACAAGAACAACCGAGAUCUCUGCGAAGGAAAUUAAUGCGCAACAGUUUAUUCAUUUUCAUUGGCUUUAUUUUCAUCAUCGUGUGUUUCGUUUUCCUGGGAAUCGCGCAACAACAACAACAUGUAACUGAGGAGUACUGUGGGGAUUGCCAUGGAUCGAAUAAACCAAGAGUGUUUCGACUUCUCGCCGCGAUAUGUUUCGUAUUUGGGUUUACUCUGAUGACCGUGUUCUGGUGGCAUGUGAAAGCCAUAAGAAGUGCUUAUGUACUGCGCCAAAGACGCUUGGAAUUGGAAAGACUGAUAGGGAACAACAAUCACCGCAGAGUUAGGAGAGCAUAUACAGUGUCACUUGGAUUGAGAAAUAGUGGUUGAUAUGGUAUGGUUGACAUCUGCCCCACUUCAAACUUGCCAAUUCAAGACAUUACUAGUUCGUGUAGUCUGUCAAUCCGUGUGCAUGGCCAGAGGAAUUUUCAAACAAGGUUUCUGUGUGAUAUGCCUGAAAUGAUUUUUGAGCACUUCAGAUAAAACGUUCCCGUCGGAUCAGGCUUGGGUAAAUGGUAUUUUAGCUUAUUUGGAGGAUUGUUACAUAAGCGCGAGCGUUGGAGGCUCUGACCUAAACCGUACUAGACCCUAAUCUUUAUAUUCGAGGACGUCGCGCGAAAAUCUUCUGAUGUGUAGAUUUUUCAAACCUUUACUGCAGUCAUGAUAGUGUCAUGAGCUUCUUGUGUGAGGAAGAACGCUAAAUCAACGAAAAUUUGACGCAAUGAUAGUCAAACACUUCCUUGGGAAGAGAGUGGACCCUGGGAACGAAUCUGACAACAAGCAAAAGUGCUCAUCGAGCGGAAUGGAAAAUGUUUUGAUUGAUUAAUUAAAAAAGGGCGAGAUACUCGCAGAUAUAGAUGGUCACUUUUUCCACCCUGAAGACCCCUGUCACCGACGAUCAUGCCCUCCUUCCCUCAAUCAAUGAGUUCUUAUUUAUGCCUCUUUCCGAAAAAAAAAUAAAACAAAUUAACGCCCAACCUCAUCCCCCGGGCGCAUUUCCCUUCAAUUUUGAAGGGAAAACCCGACCUCUCCCCCGCCCCUCCCCUUUUCAAGAAAAUCAGGGCUUAAAAAUUUCGAGUUCAUCUUGUCAACAUGUGUCUUGAUUCGUAGGCCUUGCUGCCAGCCUUACGAUCAAUUCGCUCAUUUAAUUUACCUUUCAAGUGACCUGCAUGGAGCAGGUGCAUUUCGAAACAAGAGAUCCGGCAACAACCAAGCGAUGGUCAGCUGCUUUUCAAGUUUUACCUCGGUUAUAAUUACAGUCAAAUAAAGAAGGUAAAUCGCCCAUUUUCAGAAUUUCAAAAAGUAAUUAUUAACCACAACAUGCUUUUAAAUUAAAAGACUACUGCAAAGGACAACAGCAGCUUAUACAUUUAGGGGAAACAGGUGGAGGGGGGACUGGGGCCGGCGGGAGUAUGUAGCUUACUUCUGCACCACACUCCAGGCCUUGGACUUCGAAGAACCUAGCCUGGAUUAUAGCAUGCUAACCUGAGAAAUUUUGAAUUAAUUUAUUUUGUUUUCGUACAACUCGUGAUAAAAUAAAAUCUUGACCUUACGGAUCGCUAAAAAUAUACGGUACGGGCUGCUCACGCGAGCACGCGCGAAUCUCGCGCGAUUAUCAUGUUCACCGCCGGUCAAGCGAGAAAUGAAAUAAACACGUUUAAGAUUUCACUCCGACACGCCAGACAGGCCUUUGAUUAUUACCACAUUCUCGUGCUUUCCAUAAUUUGCCAUCGCCUUUUGUGUGCUAAAGUUAUCAUUUUCUAGCGACCAGUUUUCAAGCUAACUGAAUGGGAUCGUUCCGAUGAUUUCCUAAAAUACUUCUACAGACGAUCAAAACAUCUUUCGUGGAUGUAUGGAAAUUCAUGAUCAGUGUAAAUUAUCAACGAGAAGCGAUCGACCGCAGAAGUAGCGUGGACAUUUCAUCUUCAAAAUGAUUUUGGCGGAUGACGCACUGGCCAUCUAUAUUUCUGCCGGCUUGGCUGGAUUUCUUGUAGUUUUGUGGUGCUGUGCUGUGAUCGUAUGUAAAGGGCCGUGCCGAUCGUUUGGUGAACCAGUGAAAUCGCCAUUUGACAUGUACAUGGAUCCAGCCUCGAGAAACACGGCUUUACGAAACAAGUACGAUGUGUACCAGUAUCAUCUAAUGACACCAAGAACACCAAUUGAACGCCACAAAGUACAGGUGCCCACACCGCCGGCAGCGCCAAGUGUACCAGCCACUCCAUUCGACUUCGGAGCUGUGUUGAGAAUGCAAGCCGAGGAGAGAGCACGAUCUCAAGGAAGAGAUCGUCUUGCUGAAGAUCCUCUUUUAAAGAAAGAACAAGGAGAUUCUUCAAGCGAUACAACGAACGACGUGGAACCCAGGAGAGUGAACAGGAUUACGGUGGAUAUAGAAAGCAGAGACGAACAAACUGACCAACCUCUAAUACAAGACAGUAGUGUGUAGACCUUAACACUGAUCAUCUAGGAGGGCAUGACGCCGGCGACUGACCGCUGUAGGAGAUUUUUUUGUUAGAUGCUUGCAGUCAAGUAUUAAAAUUUGCGCCGGCAAUGAAACUGAAAUGAAAGGCAAAGUUUCGCGAGGAAAAGCAAGAGAGAGCAGACUGCUCAGUUUAAAAUUGAAUAAUUUGGACGUGUUUCAACACUGAAAACGACCAUUUGUUUCACAAACCUUUCGCUUCCCACUGUAGAUGAAUAAAACAAGGACUGAAAAUUACCUAACACCAGCUAACAGCCUUUUGGAUUCCUCAAGUUAAUAAGAACUUUCAUUCAUACUGUGUACAAAGUAAUAGGGUCAAAACUAGAAUCACCAUAACACUUUAGUAUAUGUUCCGUACUGCUUAUUCAACCCCAGAACCUAGUCAUAAUAAAAUACCGAGUGGAGACCAAAAGUUUA